AUGCCUACCAAUUUCGUUGAACUCGCCAUCCUCACACCUCUGCCCGGUCAAUCCCUCCACUCCCCUUCCUUUAUAAUCUCCCUCCAAAGGAUUCUCAACACACUCUCCUCUACACCCGGAGCUCUCAAAUUCCGAUUCCGCAUAUCGAUCUCAAAAACCCCUCAGCUCUUAUUCCUCGCAUUAUGGACCGACAAGUCCGGACAUGAAUAUCUCGAUAUUCAUGGUCUCGCGCCGAAAUUGAUGAAAGAAAUGUUUGUCCUUGUCAAGCCUGAUAUGGUGCAUUAUAUGUAUUUGGAUUUCAGCAACAUUGAUCUUGAGGCAGAAAAUGUGAGCGUCGAUAUAUUCUACGUGAAGGAGGGAAAGAGGAGGGAAUUCGAGGAAGUAGUGAAGAGUACGCGAAGGGUGGGAGGUUGGUAUGUGGCUAGGGGUCUGCCAGAGGCGCCGCUGGUAAUGCCAACUGAUGAGAAAGAGUUGAGGAUUGUAAGAAUGCAGAAGGAACGUGCUGAGAAGGCGAUUGGGGAGAAGGUGCCUGACGUGUGGGUUGGAAUUUCUACCUGGAACGAAGGAGGGGAGGGAUUUAGAGAACAGACGAGGGAAUUAGUAGAUAGAUGUGAGAGUGGGGUGUGGGGAAAGUAUUUGGAGGGGGGAAAGGAUGCACCGCUUGGUGGGAUUGACCUGAAGUGA